AUGUCUGUUCCUCCGAGUUCACCUCUUUUAUUGGGGUCGGGUGUCCUCAGCACUGGUGCUGCUUCCCAGAAAAAAGAGCAAAUGCCUGCGGUUGAUCACCCGAAAGCAAAAAUCAAGGAUACGGAGAGGGAUUCCGCAGCCUUCACUCAAAAUUUAGAGCGCAAGUCUGCUUCUGCCCCCAGCAAUGAGAAUGGCAGUAAAUCCGAUAACACUAACAAGUCCUACACGAGCUCUCAUACAACCCCUCUACCUAAUGAAUCCAGGGACGAGAUUGAGAUGUCUACCGAUACAUCAUUUAGUGACCCGCCUUCUCCACAUCAUGUCCAGCCGACUACUAAAGAAAAUCUGGGCACCACUUGCGCUUAUGACCAUAAACACCUAGUCGGUCGAUUCUGCUUUCACUGCCGUCAUAUGGAACUGCCAUGGGGGGAUGACCUUCCAAUUGCUGUCGACGAUAGCGGCAACGAAAUUCGAAAAGCCCCACAAGGCGCACUACUAGAGGGAGUCAAGAAUCUGACAGAACCAUUUGAGAUUUCCCAGCUCGCUAUACUUAUCGAAUUUCGCACUAUACUACAAGAUCUUAAUACUAUUCCCGGUCUCGCUGAAAGCUUCAAAUUCUUCCCAAAUUUGCAUGACGUUGCUUGUCGAAUCUCAAAUCUCACCAAAGAGCUUGAAACAUUGGCAACUGAAAAUGAAUGUGAGCAAUUGCCACAUUGGUUCAACACUCUUCAUGAGUUAUUGAGGGAACCAAUUUUAACUCAUGACCAAUACUUUGCACGAGUCGCCCAGGAGUGGAACUUGCGACCUACGAAUGAAGGCAUCCGCCGAGUGAAUUCCACAGCUCCCGUAUCAGACCCUUUUCGAAUGUCGACACGAGUUUUUACUAGCCCUUCCGUAAUGCUCACUAGAGAAGAGGCGAUCAAGAAAGACAGACAGAUCCACAAUGAAGCUGAGGUUGACCAGCUCAUUAACCAUCUUGAUAGGAAUGAAAGCCGAGGUCCAGGAUAUGUCCAAUUUACGCUCGAAUUCGUAAAUUGGUUGAGAGGACGAGCACACAGCACUGGCCAUGAUGCACCACAAUGGGGUCGUCGCUAUGCUAAAGAAUUUUAUGAUCAUCGCUAUCUAGCACCUGCAGUAGCUCACAAUACGAACAAUAAUGCCUCCCGUUUUAAUGGUCGGUUGGACUUCUCCCGCCGUCAUAAUUCAGCACCCACCACACCACGUUGCAGUGAAGAAGAUUCCGAUGUUGAGGUCUACGAUAGUAAUGAUGAUGAGGAAGAGCUUGAAGGAGCUUACUUCAAGAAGCUUCCAGAAGUAAAGAAGAACACACCAGGACGUGCCAAUGUCAAGUGGCGCUUCAUUGAAGGAACAGAUAUCGAGAAUGCCGAACUCGGAAAACCCGAUCCUAGCAAAUUCUAUCUAACCCGUCAAAAUGUAAAUGAUCCGCUUGAGGUUGACCUCCGCCAGUAUGCGCAGAUUGCUGGAUUCAAUUGGGAUGACCCGACACAUAUCAGAAGGCUUAACAAGGCUAGGGCUCAAAAUCGUAAACGAACUCAUGGUAAUAUUGCCGAAACACGCAUUCCGUGGACACAGAUGGAGAAGAUUUGUCUUGAAGAGGAGGUACGCGAUGCUAUUAAAGCUGGUUUUAAUAGAAAUACAAUUAACUGGGAUGAGAUUGCAGCUCGUCUCAAGGAACGGUUUGAGGGAGUUCUUCAGCCAAAGGGUUCAAAGUUGGCACCAGGGGUCGAAAGAGAGAUCAAGGAUGGCAAAAAGAAUAUGACUCUCAAAACCACUCGCAGUGAUCGAACAGGCUACAAUCGUAGCGGUUCGGCAACGGAAACCCAAGCGCUAAAAUACCCUGAUAUUCUCAAGUUGAUCAACAAAGCAACAGGACUUGGUGGCAAAGGAGGUCGUGGCAUAAUCCGAGGUCCUCGCCGCACUGCCUCAAAGAUGAUAGAUGGUGAGCAAGAUGAAGAGGAUAAUAGACCAAGAAAGAAGUCUAAGACUCUUAUUCGCCGCUUUUCAUCCAGUCCGCCUCCUCAUACGAUUAAUAAGCACUAUGGAGAUGACAAUGAUGAACCGUCUCCUCCGCUUACUGGUGUAUCUGCUCUGAAAGCUGCCUUCAGUUUGAAGUUCAAAUGGUGGAAGUUCUACUUUGUAUACAUCUAG